CCUUCGGCUACGGGGUCCAGGGGCAGCGGGCGCCCGCUUGCAAACGCGGGGGCGAGCUCGGGGCUUUGCGCGCGGCGCUGAAGCGGAUCUUUUGCGCCCAUCUUCACCGUCCCGUCCCCCCCCCAUUCCGGCCGCGGCCCGUGCGCAGGACAAGGGAGGGAGGGAGCGCUUUGCACACGCCUCGCUGACCUCGCGCCCGCUAUAAAAAGCCGGCGGCAACGCAGCCCUCCAGCAUCGUUGCCUCUUUCGUUUGCCUUGGGCUGUUUUUUGCGCUUCUUUCUCUCGUUGCGAUGGAUCCCCAGAAUUGCGGCUGCGCCACCGGCAGCUCUUGCUCCUGCAAUGGAUCCUGCAAAUGCAAAAACUGCAAAUGUACUUCAUGCAAAAAAAGCUGCUGUUCCUGCUGCCCCACCAGCUGUGACAAAUGUGCCAAAGGCUGUGUCUGCAAAGACCCUUCUCUGAACAAAUGCAGCUGCUGCCCCUGAACCCUGGCCGCUUCUUUUUCUACUUACGUUAAAUCUGUGGUGCAGUAAAUAUGAUUUUUCAGGCUACAGCAAUGCGUGUUGCCCUUGUUUUUUAAAAGCCUGAGAACAUGAAAAUAAAGCUGACUUCAGACAAACACA